UCGGCAAAGGAAAGACCGAACCUCCUCCUCCUGCCUCCCUCCUUCCAUUGGAGACCUCUUUUCUGCUCAGUGAGAGAGAGAGAGAGAGAGAGAGAGGGUUGAAUGUGCUUCCGAUUUGAAGGUCUUCUUGCUCGUGCUGCGACGGGACAGGCAUCAUCCAUCGAACGAGGGUGCCUUCUGUUGUUUGUUUCUGGGACAGAAAAUAAUCAUAUGGGAGGUUUGACAUUGAAGCAGGGGUCACCAUAGAAGUUGAGAAGAAUUGCAGUCUGUCGCUUCUUUCGUGAAGAUAGGCAUGAGUUAUUGCUGCUUUAGCUUUAGAUCUGAGAAGGGAAAAAGCGCUUCCAGCUAUCUUCCUGGCAUUGAAGGACAUUUGCUCGAGGAUAUUACUCAUUUUUCCUUCAAUGAGUUGAAGUCGGCUACAGAUAAUUUCAAUGCAAGCUGUAAGAUAGGGCGAGGAGGUUUCGGAACGGUCUACCAGGGCACCUUAAAAAAUGGCACCCAAGUUGCUGUGAAGAGGCUCUCUGCAGAGUCGAAGCAAGGUCUACGGGAAUUUCUGACAGAGAUCAAUACCAUAACAAAUGUCAAGCACCCAAACCUCGUUCAGUUGAUUGGGUGCUGCGUUGAAGGAACUAACAGGAUUUUGGUUUACGAAUACUUAGAGAAUAACAGCCUUGAUCAUGCAUUAUUAGGUUCAGGUAGCACAAAGAUCAAACUCGAUUGGAGAAAAAGAUCUGCAAUUUGCAUGGGAACUGCCCAAGGACUCGCAUUCCUUCAUGAAGAGGCUGUGCCACAUAUUGUCCAUAGAGACAUCAAAGCCAGUAACAUUCUCCUCGACAAAAAUUUUGACCCAAAAAUUGGGGACUUUGGAUUGGCUAAGCUUUUCCCAGAUGAUAUCACUCACAUCAGCACGAGGAUAGCAGGAACAACCGGUUAUUUGGCACCAGAAUACGCACUGGGGGGUCAGCUAACUAAGAAGGCUGAUGUGUACAGUUUCGGUGUUCUUAUACUCGAAACCAUAAGUGGCGGAAGCAGUGCAAAGUUAAAUUGGGGAGGGACGCCGAAGUAUCUCCUAGAAUGGGCAUGGGAACUUUACGAGAAAGGCGAACUACUCAGACUAGUGGAUCCUGAGCUGGAGGAUCAGUACCCCGAGGAAGAAGUUCUUCGAUACAUGAAAGUAGCCCUCUUCUGCACCCAAUCAGCUGCAAAUCGGCGGCCCCGAAUGAGCCAGGUUGUCGAAAUGUUAUCGAAGAACAUAAAAUUGAAUGAGAAGGAACUCACCCCCCCGGGUUUCUUCCAAGACUCAACACCAUCCUGUGGGGCUCCCUCUUCCAGUAAAAAGUUGUCCACAGAUGAUUCGAGUAACAGGAUGAGUUCGGUCCCUGUAACCAUCACUCAGGUGACCCCUCGAUGAAGAGAAAUCCCUCUUCGAAGAAGAUGUUGGAUAUGUCGUGAGGUUGUUGGAUGUGUCGUGAGGUUGUUGAAUGUGUCAACACUUGGGGGUUUCAUCUCUUAAUCAUUCUUGGUUUUCGGUAUGCUGAGGGGUUUGUGUUAUUAGUUAUAGGCAUUAAUUAUUUGUUGAUAAAGAUCACUGAAGAGGUACUGAAUAAUCACAGAUAAGAGAACUUACUACUAGUAUCAUAUCGAGUCUGAUCCUGGGAGUUUUAUCGAAGUUCCACAGGUUCCUGAAAACAUCGACAGGCCAAUUUUAUAAGUUCUUGUUUCCUAGCA